AUGGAUGAAGAUAUCAUACCUCCUGAUUAUCAUCUUAACCCCAAAAUAUUCGAAACUAUCUUCGUCAAAAAAGAAAAUUACCAAGAUCUCCGACAUAUUGCUCUAGAUGGGCAUUUAGGCUCCCUUCACAAUAGGUUUUUAAGUUGGCGAAUAUUUUUAGGAAUUCUUCCAGAAUCACGAUCAUUAGAAGACUGGGCAAAUAUUACAGAAAAGCUCCGCCACGAUUACUAUACAAUUGCGGAAUCACAUAAUGUAUAGAAUAUUUAGAAAAUUAAAACAGAAAACCUAGACCCUCUCAUUUUCAACCCACUUUCUUCAGCAAAAGAAGUAAGAUCUAGCUAGAACCCUUGGAAUAAUUUUCACGAAAAUAAUCAUCUGAAGCAGCUGAUAAGGCAAGACGUGGACAGGUGUUUUCAAGAAAAACAGCUGUUUACUUUACAAAAAGUCAAAGACAUCAUGGUCGGAGUUCUCUUUAUAUGAUCCAAGCAGCAUCCUGAGCUGUCAUAUAAGCAAGGGAUGCACGAGCUCCUAGGAAUCAUUGUAUUUAUAGCUUACGCAGAGCAAGUAAGCCAGUCUAUUGAAGGCAUUGAAGAAGACUCCAAAAGGUUUUUAGAAAUUUUUAACGACUCUAGGCACAUGGAAGCUGAUAUUUUUUGGAUUUUUUCAAGAGUCAUGGAUUUAGGGAUUAUGGAACUUUUUAACCCUGUAGUAAACCAAAAGCGAAAUGACAAUAAAAAAAAUAAUUUAUUUUCCUGGGAUGCAGAAUUAGAACAUAAUGAGCUGGUAAACCAAGAUAAAACUUUUCAUGAUAAUGCCUCCACAAUUCUAAAAAGAUGCCAUUUAAUACACCAUAGGCUGCUAAAAGCUAUUGAUAGUGAACUUUAUAACCAUUUAGAAAGACAAAAAAUAGAGCCGCAAAUGUAUUUGCAAAGGUAUUUAAGGUGUAUGCUGAGCAGGGAGUUUACGUUUGCAGAUACGCUGAUCAUUUGGGAUGCACUUUUUGCUAGCUUUGGGGUGAAUGUAGAAAAUAGAGGAGAAAUUGUGACGGGGAAAAUAAAUUUUGAUAGAGAGCUGAUUUUGCUUGAUUUUAUUUGUGUAGCGAUGAUUGUGUUUGUGAGGAUUUCGCUAUUGCAGAGUGAUGGGACUGGGAUUUUGAGAAGGCUUUUAAAGUUUCCUCCAGUAGAAGAUAUACAUAUUAUUAUUGCUUUAGGGAUUGCUUAUAAAGACAGAAUAAUUGAAGGAAAACCAUUAGUCCAGCCUAAGCCAAGAUCUGAGAUUCCAAGAGUUAUUACGAGCCAAUCCAAAAUAAAUGACCCACUCAGAGCUGAAGAAGACAUAAAAACAGCCCCAAAAGCGCCUGAAGAUGAAAAAAGUAAUAUUCACCCUUCAGACGAGCUUAUGAAGCCUAAUGAAAGCAGCCCAUCUCCUAAAAAAUCUUCAAAAACUAAAAACCCAUUUGCUGAUAAAGUCCACAACGUAAUUUCUCUGCUCCAAGACCAGCUUAACGAGUAACUUUUAUUUAGCUCCACUUUUAACGAAUAUAAAAUGCAAGAAAGCUUACGUAACCUUGAGCUCCUAAAAAACGAGAUUAUCGAAGCUAUAACAAAGCGUGACGAAAACAUGCUGGAAGCCUCCUAA